AUGGUUUAUUUUGUACUAUUGUUUUUUCAAUAUAUUUUGUAAACAAUAGUAAUUUAUUUUCGUCAUUCCAUAAGAAUGUUGAAUAAAGUAUUGCUGGCUACGGACGUGGCUUUGGUGUGUCUACAGCAUGCACUAUCCACAGAAAAAGAAGAAAUUAUGGGACUUCUUAUAGGCGAGGUCCUUAACGAUGGCUCCAUAGUGUCAGUUGUAUCCUCUGUUAUUUUGCGACGUUUGGACAAAAAGCCUGAUCGAGUUGAAAUAUCCGAGGAACAGCUUGUGCAAGCAACCAUGAAGGCAGAGGAGUUGGCUACAAAAUUCAGACGGCCUCUGCGAGUCGUUGGGUGGUACCACUCCCAUCCACACAUAACUGUGUGGCCUUCCCAUGUUGACUUAGCAACACAAUCAAUGUACCAGAGGAUGGAUGCUAGCUUUGUUGGAGUAAUAUUUGCUGUUUACCUGACUGAGCAGACAACAAAGGCCCCAUCGGCCCAAAUAACAUGUUUUCAAUCAAUUAAUGAGGGUUCCAGCCAAAGCAGACGGGAAAUUGAAAUGGAAAUUGUGAACCAAAAUGAUUCUUUAUCAGCAACCAACUUUAGCAUGCUAACCCAGCUACCAACGAUAUUGAAAGAGGAGGAGGAUGAAGCAUAUAACAAUGAAGCGGGAAGGGGUGUUACAGACGACAUCAUCAUCAAGCAGCACAAUGCAGCGGUCCGCACAAUCGCCAUAGGCCACAUUGUUGAAAAAGUGAGAAUUAACUUUUAUGCUAUGUUAAUAGCACUUAGUUGGAGAAUGAUAAGAUACUAAAGAUUUUUUCAUUAUAAACAUGACAGAUCACAAAGGUAAGAUGAUAUUAAAGGAUAAACUAAAACUUUGUAGGAUAGGGAUCUAUAAAAAGACAAACAACCACUUGAUGGUAAACAGUGCAUUUGUAUGGACUGAUGAUAAUGAUGAUGAAGCAUGUUAAUGUUAACUCUAGCUAAAAACCUUGGGAGAGGUUUUAAUUGAAGAUAUUGUUAUGAUCCUCUAAUUUCAGUGCAGAACAAUAAUUUUACAAUAGCACUUAUAUACAAUUUUGUUUUCAGAUGUCAAGGCCGAUGUUAGAAGCUCUAGUGGCACGCAACGCCAUCCAACAAGUCCGAUUGAAAGCAUUAAAAAAACAACAUCAAUACCUCAUGUCUAAACUGGAGAAUAUGUCUUGUAAUGUGUAAAAUCUACAAGUAAAUUAAAUAAUAAAUUAUA